CUGCCAUCGAGUCAUUACACGCGCCUACCGGCGGCGGCGUGGAGUUGCCAUGCGACAUCACCCCAGCGCUGCCCGACGACACAGUCGGGCUGGUGAUAUGGUACAAGCAGGGGCACGACACGCCCAUAUACUCAUUGGACACUAGAGAGGGCAGGCCGUCACACUGGUCGGACUCCUCCACGCUGGGAGUGAGAGCCACGUUCAGGAGUGACACGUUGCCUGCUGUGCUCAUCCUCACCAAACUAAGGCCAGAGGACAGUGGGCAGUACCGCUGCAGAGUGGACUUCAUGAAGUCUCCGACAAAGAAUACGAGGCUCAACCUCACUGUCUUGAUUCCACCUGAGAGGCUGAUCAUCCUGAACCAAGAUGGCAAUGAGAUCAGAAGCGGCGUCAUCGGACCCUACGACGAGGGGACAGAGGUCAACCUUACCUGUGUGGCGGUUGGUGGUCGCCCAACCGCCAGGGUGUCGUGGUGGAAGUCCCAUGCCCUCCUGGCCAACUCGGAGGCGCGGGCCUCCGUGUCCUUUCGGCUGCAGAGGUCUGAUUAUGGAACUGACAUCACUUGCCAAGCGGUGACAGAUCCCUCAAUAUCGCCGGUGUCGGAAAACCUAUCCAUCGACAUUAAUCAAGUGUUACGGAUUUUUGUGAAAGAAAAUAUUCAAUAUUUUAUUGAGAAANCGGCCGCCGCGCCGCCCGCGCCCCAGCGCCACGCCCACGCGUCCGCCUCCGCCGCCGACAACGCGCUGCGACUGCUCACCUCUGCGGUGACAGAUCCCUCAAUAUCGCCGGUGUCGGAAAACCUAUCCAUCGACAUUAAUCUGCGACCCCUCUGGGUCCGUCUGCAAGGAGGCAAGCGCCCUCUGGUGGCUGGCCAGAGCACCGAGCUGGUCUGCCAGGCUGUGGGGGCCAGGCCCAAGCCCAACAUAUCCUGGUGGAAGGGAGGAACGAGGCUGAAGACUGUGAGAGAAACC